CUCCGUCUCAGAACGCCCCAGCCUUCCACCUCGAACUCCGCGGCGCCCAGCGCCCUCGGUAACCGCCCCCCGCCCCGCCACAGAGACAGGUCGACGAGACAGACAAAGGCCGGCCGCCAUGGGAGAGGACAAGAAGGCGGGCAACAAGGACGCCGCCGGCGGCGACAAGAAGAAGGACGCCGGCGCCGGGGCCGCGCCGCAGCCCAUCGUGCUGAAGGUCGACUUGCACUGCGCCGGCUGCGCCAACAAGGUCCGCAAGGCCAUCAAGCACGCCCCAGGUGUGGAGUCGGUGACGCCGGACAUGGCGGCGGGUAAGGUGGUCGUGACCGGUCCGGCGGACGCGGUGGAGCUCAAGGAGCGCAUCGAGGCCAGGGCGAAGAAGCCCGUGCAGAUCGUCUCCGCCGGCGCCGGCCCACCCAAGAAGGAGAAGGACAAGGAGAAGGAGAAGGAUAAGAAAGCGGACGGCGGCGAGAAGAAGGCGGACAAAGAGAAGGGCGGCGGCGGCGGCGGAGAGAAGAAGGCCGACAAGGAAAAGGGCGGCGGAGAGAAGAAGGCCGACAAGGAGAAGGGCGGCGGCGAGAAGAAGGCCGACAAGGAGAAGGGUGCCGACAAGCCCAAGGAGGAGAAGAAGAAGCCCAAGGAGGAGACUGUGACGCUGAAGAUCCGGCUGCACUGUGACGGCUGCAUCGAGCGCAUCAAGCGCCGCAUCUCCAAGAUCAAAGGCGUGAAGGACGUGGCGUUCGACGCCGCCAAGGACCUGGUGAAGGUGACCGGCACCAUGGACGGCGCCGCUCUGCCGGCGUACCUCAGGGAGAAGCUCAGCCGGGACGUGGAAGUGGUGGCGCCCGGCAAGAAGGACGGCGGCGGCGGCGGUGACAAGAAGGACAAGGGCGCAGGAGACGGGGGAGAUAAGAAGAAGGACGGUGGCGGCGGCGGCGGCGGCGGGGCCGAGGAGAAGAAGGACAAGGCCGGGGCCGCGGCCGCCUCCGCGUCGGUGGCGCCGCCGCCCCUGGCCGACGCCGGCAUGUACCAGGUGCCGCCGCACUACGGGUACGCGCCGUACCACCAGCCGGCUCCAGGCGGCUACUACGGUGCCGCCCCACCGCCCAACCACCACGCCGGCUUCUACCCCAACGGCGGCGGCGUCCAUUACCCGCCCGCGCCAGCCUACGCGUACGGCCCCACCCACCUCCACGCGCCCCAGAUGUUCAGCGACGAGAACCCCAACGCCUGCUCCGUCAUGUGAACUCGCUCGCUUCGCCGGUUUGCCGCCGCCGCCGCGCCUUGGCACCCCCUUCCUCCGUGUGAGACCAAGAACCAUGGGCUUGUCCUGGAUUAGCGGUGUCUUUAGUUAAAAUUAUCAGUGAGUAGUAGCUAGCUUAAGCAGUGCUCCGAUCCGAGAUCAGUUCUUCCAGCAGACCUGUGUAAAUGAGAGUCUCGCCGCCCCGCCCCGCCCCGCCCCGGUGUAACGCAUCGUCAUGUGUAAAAUCUAUCCGGACCCGAUAAAGUUUUGCCCUUCUGUCA